UGGGGAUUCAAGGCUACGUGGCUACGCAGACGCGCAGAUAACCUUACCUUUCUCCCCCGCCACCCGCAUAGUCUCCCACUUGCCUAGCUCACGAUCCUUUCGAGAGCUCUCUUCAUCUCCCCACCACGGAACCGGAAGCAUACAAGGUACACGCAAGACCCCAUUUCCCAUAUUCUUAUCCAGAAAGUGAGCAGUGGUAUCUGCGCGUGGGUAUUUUACACGCGCGUGUACCGUAUACCGUACACCAGAAGGACUCAACAACGCACCGCCGUCAUGUUCGCCUCGCUAUCAUCAUCCUGGUCGGGGAGGAAUGCGCAGCCGCCGCCUCCCCCGGCGCCGUCUUCAUCAACGACCUCGACGUCGCAACACCCCAGCAUAUCAAGCGCCUCCCGCGCAGAGCACCCGCAGUCCUCCAACACCUCCGUCUCCGGCCCCGCGGCCCCUCACAACGUGCUCAUCGGCGCCGCUCAACAACACCAACUACAACAGCAACAACAUGCACCACCACCGGCCCCCGCCUCUGCCUCCUCGGCGGCGGCCGCAUCAGCCUCCUCCUCCUCACCGCCCCAACAACCCCUCCACCAAACCCUCCCCUCCCCAGACCAACAACACCACAUCUCCGAGGCGCGCGCCGCCGUCGUCGCCUCCAUCGGCAACAUGCUCGACGGCGAGCUGCAGACCCGCGCGCGGAUGUUGCACGCCAACGCGGCGGCGCUCGACAAGCAGGAGCGCGACGUUGUGCGCGCGACGGAGGCGCUGCGGAAAGAGAACGACAAGCUGGCAAAGUUCUCGGGGGACGCGGCGCGCAGGGUGAAAGAGCUGGGCAACGUACAGAACUGGGCCGAGGUGCUGGAGCGGGAUUUCUUGGUGCUCGAGGAGACGUUAAGGCUCGUAAGGGCGGGGAGUUGCGGGAGCGGGUGUGAGAGUUGUGGGAGUGAAGGGAGUUGGAGUGGGAGUGGGAGCUGGAGCGGGAGUGAGGUCGGGGAUGGGGAGGGGGAUGUGAGGAUGGGGAAGGACGGGCAUGGUGGUGAUGUGAACAAGGAGGGUGAUGGUAAAGGGAAGAUGAAGCAGCAGCAUCAUCAUCAUCAUCAUCAUCAUCAUGGGCUUGUUGAUAUGGAGAUUGAUGGGGGACAUGAGGAUUGUUCGGAGAGUCAGAGUUUGACUGAGGCGGAGUCGAGCACUGGGACGGAUGGUCGAGCCAAGGGGUCUGAGACGACAUCGAUUUCGACACUGUGAUCUGCUUGUGGCGGUGGUGGACAGACAUGAUACCUUUUUUCUUCACGACUGAACGAUGAUGAUGACCUAUUCACGAAACGGACUGAAGUUCGAACAACAAAGUUUGAUGAUUUUGAAA